GGUGUGACUUUUGAUGGAGCUCCCCCUCCCAGUUAUGUCAUUACUUCAGUUCCUUUGAAUCAGAAUAAAAAGUGCAGCAAACUUCAGACUCAUUGACUGCAGGCUUAACAAGCGUCGGGGCUUCUUUCUGUAGCUUGCAAGGAUCUCUGGUUUUUGCAAAAACAAUUCUGAGAAAAAAAUGGCCAACUUUUCCUUAUGGACAACUUUUGGAUUAUGUUUGCUGAAGCUUUGUCUAACAGAGACACAAUUCAAUGUAAGUUGCAGAUAUGCAGGAGUUUUUCACGUUGAGAAAGAUGGUCGCUACAGCCUGACACGAAGUGAUGCAGUCGAGCUCUGCAAAGCUCUGAAUAGUACCUUGCCAACACUAGAGCAGAUGAGAAGAGCUCAUAAACUUGGAUUUGAAACUUGCAGGUAUGGUUUUAUAGUGGGGCAUAUUGUUAUCCCACGGAUCAAUCCCUAUCAUCUUUGUGCAGCAAAUCAUACUGGCAUUUACAAACUUUCAUCAAACACGACUGGUCGGUAUGAUGCAUAUUGUUACAAUGCAACAGAAACAAGAGAGAAGGCAUGUGAGCCAAUUGAAAAGCUAGAUACUUCUUUGCUCAAUAAUCAGAGCGAAAUAGUCAUUGAUAAUGCAGAUGGCUCACGUUAUAAUGCGGAUGGCACACGUCAUAGUGGAGAUUCCUUAACCUCAGGUGCAGACGAUGAAAGUGUAGGUAGUGGCUCAACACAUGACACAGCUGCAGUGGAUACCUCCACCAGAAGAUCCACCAGUACCUCAUACUUUGAAAAAACCACUCCAGUCUCUCAGCGGCCAGAUCAUUCUUCUGGAGGGGGUGAAAAGGAAUUUCCUCCAAUAAGUACCGAUGAUGAAUUUUCUACAGUAUCAACUGACUUUUCUUCAGUGUCAAUAGUUGAUGAUUUCCCUGAAAAAGGAGAUGGACAGCAGCCUGCAAGUACUACUCCGGGGCCUCAUCGUGACGACUUGGAGAAAGCCACCACCCAGGCUCAGUGGAAUCCGUUGUUACACCACUGGUGGUGGUCAAACCCCAGAGACAAGGCGCAAGAACCGACGCAGGCAGCAAGGGCAGAUGUGACUUCAAGUGGCAAUGGUUCAGAUGACGAAGACUCUUCAGAGGAGAUGCUUUACUCAACAGUGUUUCCGGGCUGGGACGUGAGUGUGGCCAAGAAAGAGUAUUCUCCAAGUACUACUGUGGACUCUCAACGUGAAACACUUCAGGAAAUCUCCACGCAGGAUCAUUGGAACCCAUCCUAUACAGAUGAAGAGGAGCAGUAUUCUAGCACUGCUGGCAGGGCACUAGUCACAAGUGAAAAUGAGAAACAUGAAGAACCAAGCCAACAUCCACUAUUACACAGUGUUCAUCCUGGAUGGAUCAGUCAAGAACAAAGUCCCGCAAAUACCACUGGGAGUACUGAACAACAUGAAUUUACUGUUCCAGGUGAAAAUGAUAUUGAAAAGGAAUCUUCUCAUACAGCUGUUACCUCUCCCGAUGGUGCCCAUCAUGAAGACCCAACUCAGCCACCUCUGCCUUCAGAAAAUGAACAAGGACAGGGCACUGCAGGCAUCACUCAUGCCACAGACACCCCCAGGGAUGAGGUGCUCCAUGGGCUGAAUCCUGCUGGUAGGAACGAACCUGAUGGCGAAUCUCCAGUGACGGGUACCAUCGCGGAGUCCACGGAGGUUGUCAACCAAGAAGAAGCAACCAAAGAGCCACUGGCACCUGGCACUCGACCUGGAGGUGAAAGUGAACAAGCAACUACUACGGAUGGUUCCCAUGCCAAUUUCAUACCUGGAGUCUUUCCAGACGCUGACGAUCAUCUUAACCGAUUAUACACCCCUGCUUCUACCACUGUUACCUCUCCCGAUGGUGCCCAUCAUGAAGACCCAACUCAGCCACCUCUGCCUUCAGAAAAUGAACAAGGACAGGGCACUGCAGGCAUCACUCAUGCCACAGACACCCCCAGGGAUGAGGUGCUCCAUGGGCUGAAUCCUGCUGGUAGGAACGAACCUGAUGGCGAAUCUCCAGUGACGGGUACCAUCGCGGAGUCCACGGAGGUUGUCAACCAAGAAGAAGCAACCAAAGAGCCACUGGCACCUGGCACUCGACCUGGAGGUGAAAGUGAACAAGCAACUACUACGGAUGGUUCCCAUGCCAAUUUCAUACCUGGAGUCUUUCCAGACGCUGACGAUCAUCUUAACCGAUUAUACACCCCUGCUUCCACCACUGUUACCUCUCCCGAUGGUGCCCAUCAUGAAGACCCAACUCAGCCACCUCUGCCUUCAGAAAAUGAACAAGGACAGGGCACUGCAGGCAUCACUCAUGCCACAGACACCCCCAGGGAUGAGGUGCUCCAUGGGCUGAAUCCUGCUGGUAGGAACGAACCUGAUGGCGAAUCUCCAGUGACGGGUACCACAGUCACAGCCUCCACUGAUAAACGGGAGGAUUUGACCCAAGGACCGUGGGCACCUAGCACCGCUGUAACAGCUGUUACCUCUCCCGAUGGUGCCCAUCAUGAAGACCCAACUCAGCCACCUCUGCCUUCAGAAAAUGAACAAGGACAGGGCACUGCAGGCAUCACUCAUGCCACAGACACCCCCAGGGAUGAGGUGCUCCAUGGGCUGAAUCCUGCUAGUAGGAACGAACCUGAUGGCGAAUCUCCAGUGACGGGUACCAUCGCGGAGUCCACGGAGGUUGUCAACCAAGAAGAAGCAACCAAAGAGCCACUGGCACCUGGCACUCGACCUGGAGGUGAAAGUGAACAAGCAACUACUACGGAUGGUUCCCAUGCCAAUUUCAUACCUGGAGUCUUUCCAGACGCUGACGAUCAUCUUAACCGAUUAUACACCCCUGCUUCCACCACUGUUACCUCUCCCGAUGGUGCCCAUCAUGAAGACCCAACUCAGCCACCUCUGCCUUCAGAAAAUGAACAAGGACAGGGCACUGCAGGCAUCACUCAUGCCACAGACACCCCCAGGGAUGAGGUGCUCCAUGGGCUGAAUCCUGCUGGUAGGAACGAACCUGAUGGCGAAUCUCCAGUGACGGGUACCAUCGCAGAGUCCACGGAGGUUGUCAACCAAGAAGAAGCAACCAAAGAGCCACUGGCACCUGGCACUCGACCUGGAGGUGAAAGUGAACAAGCAACUACUACGGAUGGUUCCCAUGCCAAUUUCAUACCUGGAGUCUUUCCAGACGCUGACGAUCAUCUUAACCGAUUAUACACCCCUCCUCCUACCAGAUCUACAUCCAGUAUACAUGGUAAUAAAGGACCACAUGUGGGAGAUCAUGAAUCCACUCCUAUCCCUGGACAGACCACAACACCAGUAAUUUCGCAACCAAGAUCAGCCCGGGUACCAGAAUGGUUGAUUGUGGUUGCUGCUCUUGUGGCACUGGCAUUGAUUCUUGCAGUCUGCAUCGCUGUUAGCAGUCGGAGAAGAUGCGGGCAGAAGAAAAAGCUAGUGAUUAACAAUGGCAAAGGGGCAGUGGAAGACAGGAAGACGGGUGGAUUAAAUGGAGAAGCCAGCAAAUCGCAAGAAAUGGUGCACUUGGUUCACAAAGAACAGUCAAAUGACCGAACAGGAGCAUGUGAUGAAUUCCUGACCCUUGAUGAAACACAAAAUCAUCAGGAGCUUGACAUGAAGAGUGGAGUGUAAUGGCACCAAGUCACCAAGUAGAUCAGAGCUGGGGAAAUCAAAAUCGCAAAGAACUUGGACAGGAGUUCACAGAUGCACUGUGCUACUGAUGUCUUUUGAACAUAAUUAAACAUAAGUUUUCUUCAUUUUUAAUCAUUUUAAAAUCAUGUCCAAGUUGCAAAAUUGACAUUUGCUUUCUGAAAUAAGCCCCCAAGAGUUGCAUAAAUUUAUCAUUUCCCAGCUCCUACAUGGAGGACACUUACUGUGUCUUUGGUAUUAGAAGGGAUACCCCGGAUGCAGUAUCUUCGCUGUGCGGAGCUACAGGAGUAUCCAGUCACUCCACCUUCCAGGCACUUAAGGUACUAAACUUGCCAUGGUACAAGAAUAAGUGAGGAACAAAUGUCAAGAGCGGAAAUGAAGCUAAAACCAUAAAGGCCUCCUGUACAAUGUCUAAAACUUCAGAAUCCUUCAGAAAUGCCUUCCAGACAGGAAGAGUGGUAGACACAUUCAAAAUAGGCAAAAAGUGACAUUUUGUAACGAUUUACAACUUGAUCUGUAAUGAGAGAUACCCAGAAGGGCAAAGUUUAUUUAUCUCUAUUUUUAAAUGUUUAUGGGCAUACAGUAAGUCUUCUUGGGAGGGGGAAUAAAGACAUGAAAACAUGAGCUGAUACCUAAUAAACUUCUAUACUUUAUUAUCUUAA